AUGAAAGCUACUAAGAUGAUUUGGUUGGUGUAAAAACUACUUAAUAGCAAUUACUAUCUUCCAUAGAUAGAUAAAAAUUACAGGACAAACACAAAGAUCGUAGUGGAGACCAAAAUGAACCAACUAAUGGCAUUGUCAGCUACAUAAGUAAGAAAUGGUUUUAACAAAAAUCUUCCCAGAAAUGCAUAAAAGAUUUAAAGUUUAUUGGCAACUUCCACUGAUAGUAAAUAAGAUUCUAACAUUAAAUUGAGACGUAAAGCUGAUGCUUCUCAAAGAUAAUCACAACUACUAAUUUAAGAGAGCAAAUUUCCAGCUUAGACUAAUAAUUCAUAAUAUUACUUAUAAAGUCACAGAGUCUUUUAAUCACCUGAAAAAAAUGAUGUGCAGUCCUCCUUUCAAAUUACAUUUUGCAAUGACUAAAGUCAAUCCAAACUGCAAAAAGAAAGAGUUGGCAACUAUUUCAAAACUGAUACUCUAAACACACCUAAAAAGAGCACUAGCAAUAAUACCUUACUAAACACAAGAAACAUAAAAAUAGAUCAGCCCUACAAAGAUUAAAAUAAAACAACUACAGUUACCUAGCAAUAAUCCCCAACUAUUAAAAAUCAAAACUCAGCUACUCUAAAUAUAAAGAAUUCAAGCUUUAAAGUCUAGAUAAGUCUGAGUUAGGUCUAUGAGAAAUUGAAUGUUAGAAAGGAUGAGAAUUUAAACUUGUACCCGUGCAUUAAAGUGAUGCCCUUGCCCAGUUUAAAUCAUGAUAUAUUAGAACCAUCUAAGUAUGGCAUCAAGUCUUUUAUGAAUGCUUUUGACAUUAAGGGAGUAGUCUCCUAAGAUAUCAACACUAUUAGUUUAGAAUUUUUUAAUUUCAAUCAGUGA